AUGGCGCGUAUCGAGGUAAUCACCGUGCUUCUUAGCAUACUGUUGAUGAGCCAUCAUGUUAUUGCAGUUAUAAAUCAAGCCAAUCUUACGUCAUCACCAACAAGUGAUAACGAUAAAAGUGAUUCCGUUGCAGCAGAGGAUAGAAUAAGCAGUUCAUAUGGGCUUCCAGCAGAUUCUUACGGACCCCCUCCAAGCACAAAAUACAAGGGCCCAGCUCCAGUUUACGGACCACCUGAGUUAACGGGCGAUUACCGACCACCACAAACUUACGAACCACUCCCACCAGAACAGCCACCACCAUUAAGUGGUCCACCAAAACCAUUUUAUUCCCCAAGCAAGCCAAAACAGCAUGAUCUGCCUAAAUUAUCGUAUGGACCUCCUCCAUCCGUACCUAAAUCAAGUUAUGGCCCACCAAAAUCACAAUACAGGCCACCAAAAUCGCAGUAUGGUCCACCUAAAUCACAGUAUGGUCCUCCUAAAUCAAGUUACGGACCUCCACCUUCAUUUAAAAUACCAAAACCUGAGUAUGGGCCUCCUUCGAAACCCCGUGCCCCUCCAUCAUCUCAAUAUGGACCACCAUCAGGUGGUUUUGAAAGUGGACCUUCUAUUCCUUUGUCCGUUGAAGCUUAUGGACCACCAACAAAACAAUCUGAUGAAUCAUUCUCUUCCAAGCCUCAAGAUAGUUAUGGAGCUCCUCCAGUGCUAACAGCACCCCAACAACAGUAUGGUGCGCCAAAUGAUCUCAAUGGGCCUCCUCCACCCCCACCUCCAGGUGUACCAGCUCCUCCCACACCACCAGAUAUCAAAUAUGAUGGUUGGCAACCAAUCGCCGGCCAUGUAAAUACUCCAGAUCAGCAGCAACCACCUAUCAAUGAUUAUGCCCCACCAGCUCUAUCAAAUGACUACGGUCUCCCAUUACCCUCGAAUGAUUAUGCCCCUCCAGCUCCAUCAAAUGACUACGGUGCUCCAUUACCUUCGAAUGACUACGGCCCUCCAGUUCAAUCAAACGAUUACAGCCCUCCACCCCAGUCGGAUGGUUCCAUUCCACCACGUCCAUCAAAUGAAUAUGGACCUCCUUCACCAUCGACCGAUUACAGCCCUCCAGUUCCUGACAAUACUUAUGGCCCUCCAUCUUUUUCAAAUAGUUUUGGUUCUUCCCUAAGUCAAUACGGUCCUCCAGCUUCGGGUAAUUCCCACCCUCCUUCGAAUCAAUACGGAACUCCUUUAAAUAACAAUGAAGCUAGCUUUAGUAAUGGUGCUGGUUCAGAUAAUGGACAAUCUGUAACCAUUGACUCUAAUCCCAAUGUCCCCAGUGACUCUUAUGGUACUCCUUUAAACAAUCCUGAAGACCAUCAUCUGAAAUCAAUCGUUUCUCAUGCAACUAUUUCUCAUGAAAGUGAUGGGCUACCACCACCUAAUCUGCCUCAGUUUGAGCCUCUGCAUAACAACCAAAAAGCAAUCGACAGUUCUUCGUCUAAUAAUGUUGAGCUACAUCAACCUGAUAACCACUACGGGCUUCCGGAUGCCGAUAUCGUAAAAACAGUUGGUUUUAAAUUAUUGCCAAAUUUCGGAAUAAAUGGUGACGGUAACGGUAUUAGUGGGCGACCAAGUGGAUCGUACGGUGCACCCCCUUCCGGAAGUUCUCAUUCAAUUGGUGGAGAUGAUUUUUCAUUACAGAAGUUGCCAGCUCCAUCUGGAAAUCAUGGCCCUUCUUCUGCUACUUAUGGUGCUCCACCAUUCUCUUCGGGAGCUUCAUUUUCGUCAUCGCAUAGCCAUCGUGGUGUCAGCCAUUUUGGUUUGAAUUUUCAUAAAGGAAAUGGGCAUCACAGAAACCGUCACCGCACAGGACUUAGACCACCAGCACCCCCUCCGAGUGGGUUCACUCUUCCCAAAAGACAACCAGUAAAGUUUCGGGAUUCUAUACCAGCAGCUCUAAUAUCAAAUAUACACAAAUACCUCUCUCCAGUCCAACCACCUAAAACUUAUGGAGCUCCAUCAGCCCACGAGCAACAAUUACCAGGCAUAAAAAACUCGUCACCUUUCCAUGGAUUUUCUAAAUCAGUUGCCACUAGUAAUUCGUUUAGUGCAAAUACGGUACUGGCUGCACCUAAUGUCAACUAUGGAACACCAUUAUCGUUUAACGACUUUAAUACUCCAGCUCCAUCUCUAACGUAUGGAGCACCCAACUUUGUACCACCAUCGUCCUUAGGAAAUGGCGGUAAUUUAUACCAAAGUGUUGGAACAUCUCUAGCACCCACUUAUGGAACACCCUUAAAUAACGCACACGGAAGCGAUUGCCAGAGAAAUGGAGGUAAUUUCCAAUACAACUUUGGCAGCCAACCAUUGAAUUUUGAUUCACUAAAUCAACAAAAUAUAAACAUAGAUUAUAGAAAUCAAGCAAUAAAUUCAGAUUCGAGCUCGUUGACUUCGGCAUAUGCCGCCCCAAGUGUGAAUGAAUUGGCGUUGGAACACAAAAGAGAAAAUCCAGGUGACUUAAAAGAUAGCUACGGAAAUCCAGUCGACAAUAACUUUGGAGCCUCCGAUCAAUCUGGGGCUGCUUUAGCAACGCACUUACAAACAGCCGAAUUGUCGGACUUGUCCAGCCAUAGUCAAAAUUCAUUGACCGAAGGCCCUUCUCGAGGACCAGAAGGGCUUUCAGCCGAGGCUCUAACAGCUGCUUUAACUGCCCAAGGUUACGGCGAAGCUAAAAAUAUCGUUCAAUCAAGUGAAGUUGAUGCCACGCAGUUUUUAAAAUCAGUCGAAGGAGGCCAAGCUUUAGCUUUGGCACAAACAUUGACCGCUGAUGGUGACGGUUUUCAAAUCCAAGGAUCCCGAGGAACCUAUACACUUCAAAUUCAACCUGCUGAUGGUGGCUUGGGAACCGAAAACUCCGAUGGAAAUGUAAGGCACGAUCAAGUACUAUCCAACGGCUUGUUACAGAACAUUUUGUCAGCUAUCGAGCAACAACCAGAGGCAGGACAUCUGGAACUUCAGAGGCUAGCACCCCCACAACAACAAGGAUACGGUCACGACUUAUCCCAGUCGGCAAGUUCUUCGAUCGUCAGCAACGUCAAGGGUUCAUCGAAUCAGGAGCAACCGAAACAACUAAGAGGAGACAUCAGCCCCGAUACUCAGGGGAGUAACGACCAAGACUCUGCUGCGUCCGAUAACAGCCGUAUAGCACUAUUUUUCAAUCAAGGUUUGCACAGUGCAAACGCAGAAUCUAGAUCGGUAUCGAAAGACGAGAAACAAGCUGAAGUCAUGCCAAACGAGAAACAAAGCGAAUCGUAA